AGCAGGCCGGUUCCGCGUGUCUGCGGGCGGCUGGGGAAGACGCACAGCCGCUGGCCGCGCCCACUGCACCCACCUGCGGGGGUAGUGAGGGCCCCACAGAUCCCUCGCGGGGCUCGGCCCCGGAGCGUGCCGGUGGCGGUUGGGGUCCGGCAUGACUCCGAGCCCAGAUGCGUUACUGCUGUCGCCUCUGAUGUUACUGCUGUUGGCGACCCCUGCCCAUGUCUACCCCGACUACCAUUACUUCGGUGACCAGGGCAAAGGCGACACCUGGGAGCAGCUGAGGCUACAACAUCAGGGGGAAGACUUGGAGGACUCGAUCCUUGGCCCUUGGGGAAAGUGGCGCUGUCUUUGCGACCUGGGCAAGCAGGAGCGCAGCCGCGAGAUGCUGAGUACAGCGCCAGGCCCGGUGUUCAUGGCCCGCGAGAACCUGGUGCAGGUGCAGCCCUGCAGGCAAAGGGAUUGUUCAUCCUGCAAGCCAAUGGACUGCGACUGGAGGCCCUGAGACCGGCCCCAGCAGACGAGGCUCCGGAGACCUCGGGGCGGAGCUUCGAGAGCGACCCCUCCUACCCCCUUUCUCAAAUUCAGAGCUCUGCGGUCAGCCUCAGGAACUACAC